AUGCCAGAAGAAGACGAUGUCGCCGUCCCGCACGAUGACUUUGCCACGGUGAUCACACUGAGUUCCGGCGAUAGCAAUUCCGUCGAUCGAUUCGUGCAGCUUAAACGACGCUCCUCGACGGAACCGUCCAAUGAUCGGGGUGAAAAGGAACCGAGACUUUUUCCAACGCCGGCCAAGGAUCUGUCGUUUCACGCGCUGGCCCUGCAGAGUCGGUUGAGCGAGAUCGAGAAAGGGGAUGUGGAGACGAUCGAGGUUGAGGUUGAGGAGGAUGAAGCUGAGGAUCAAUCGACGGGUGACGAGGACGAAGUGCUGGUCAUUUCGGACGAAGAAGUCAACUACUCGAUUCGACGGGACUAUACGUUGGGCUACAAUGCGUCUCCGGAAUUACCGCAAGAGGAUGUCCCCGGGGAAGAUCCAAACGCGACGAAGCAGUAUUUUGAUCUGGAAGGUUUCAACAAGCGUCAAUCGGACGCCGGUUCCAGCUUUCACAAGGCGGACAACACGCUCGCUUUUCUGGACGGUCUUAUUGAGAAGUUCAACCUUCCACCGGUCCCGGCUGUCCGUCGCCCAAGCUGUGAUAACAAACUCGACGACUUUAUCGAGCACUACGAAGUUCCGGACUUUUCAGAUGAAUCCGCGUCCGAGCAGGCGGUUGAAGAAGUCGUCCCUGAGGAACCUCCCGCCGAAACUCAACCAGUCAUCUCGUCGGACCAGCUGGACAGCGAGAUCGAAAAGAUCCUGAACCAGGCCAAGCAAACGUGCACCCAGCUCGAGCAGGAAUCCCGCCAAAAGGACCCCAAAAUUCACCGUACUAAAUCCGACUCGGCCCUGCUUGCUCGGCCAGCGAAGGCUCCAGCACCGUUCCAGGCACGGUUCAAGGCGGUUCUGGAGGAACCGACUCCGGCGCCGGUGCAGUGUGAAAUCCGCCUGGACAACGUCACUCCACUACCGGAUUACGACGCGCUGAGUUCUCCGCUGCUGGAGCGCGAGCUGUUCAAGUACGGGCUGAAGCAGCUGAGCCGGGCGAAGGCCGUCAAGAUGUUGAACCACAUCUACGAUCAGCUGCAUCCGCUGGUGGAGCUGGUUGAGGACGGCGAGACAAUGGAUGAGGAAUUGCCCCGAGCGGUGAACACGUCGUCGCAGGUCAACGAACGGGAAGAAUUGAAGACAGCAACAACGCCGCCGGCGGCGGUCAUUGGGGAAGGUCCGGUGUUGGUGGAACGGAGGGAUGCCUUUGUUCCGGAGAUUAUGGACGAUGAGCCGUACGUGCUGGCGGUGAAGCCCCGGAAGAAGACCUUUUGGUGCUCGGUUCCGCUGCACAUUGCCUUCUACAACAUGGUCAAGGCGAACUCGGUCCUCCGGCAGCGGAUCCUUCGGUACGAACCGCUCGACCUGGACGCGAUCGUUGGUCACCUGAAGGAGAUUGGACUGCGGUACGAUAGCAACGAAAUGAUUGCCUUUCUGGAUAAACGGUGCAUUGCGUUCCGAUCCGCCCAAAAUAACAGCGGUUCCACUGCAGCGGCAGGGCGGAAAAAGAAGACUGGUGCUAGUUGA